CGCCGCUCGGCCGGCCGGCCGCCCGCGGGCAGCGCAGCGCGCACCUCCAGACAGGCGCACAGAGCGGCGGGGCGAAGCCGUCUCGGGGCUCGCCGCGUCUCCGCCCCACAGGCAGGGACCGAGCAGCGGCAGCGGCUGCACGCCCCGCGCCGAGCGCCCGGCUGGCCCCAAGAUGACUAGGAUAGUGGUAAUUGUUGCUUGGUGUUUUCUGCAAGUGGAAGGCAGGCAUCCAGACAUCCUCCCCAGUCACCACAACAAUGGCAAUUUCUUGGACAACGACAAGUGGCUGAGCACCGUUUCGCAAUAUCAGAAAGAUAAAUACUGGAACAAAUUCAGGGAUGAUGAUUAUUUCAGAAACUGGAACCCAAACAAACCAUUUGAUCAAGCUCUUGAUCCAUCCAAAGAUCCAUGUUUGAAGGUAAAGUGCAACCCACAUAAAGUGUGCGUCACUCACGACUAUGAGACUGCUAUUUGUGUAAGCCGUAAGCAGCUGGUACACAGCCUUUGGCAAAAGAAAGGAAAUCUGGCCCCGAAACAUUGGAUUGGACCAGCCAAUUUAGUCAAGUGCAAGCCAUGUCCAGUGAUGCAUGCCAGCCCUGUCUGUGGCUCUGAUGGACAUACUUACACUUCCAAGUGCAAGUUGGAGUUUCAUGCUUGUACUUCUGACAAAACUAUCGCAGCGCGAUGUGAGGGGCCCUGCCCGUGCCUUCCAGGACAAGAAAGCCCAAAACACAAGGCUGAGAAGACUGCUUGCACAGACAAGGAGCUGAGAAGUCUUGCUUCCCGACUAAAAGAUUGGUUCGGUGCUCUUCAUGAGGAUGCAAAUCGUGUCAUUAAACCAACAAGUUUGGACACAGCACAAGGCAGGUUUGACACCAGCAUACUACCAAUCUGUAAGGAUUCAUUAGGCUGGAUGUUCAACAAACUUGAUAUGAACUAUGACCUCCUGCUGGAUCACUCUGAGAUCAAUGCAAUUUAUCUUGAUAAGUAUGAGCCAUGCAUUAAACCCCUCUUCAACUCAUGUGACUCCUUCAAGGACGGAAAGCUUUCUAACAAUGAAUGGUGCUACUGCUUUCAAAAGCCAGGAGGUCUCCCUUGCCAGAAUGAAAUGAACAGGAUUCAAAAGCUAAGUAGAGGGAAGAGUCUGCUGGGUGUUUUCCUUCCACGGUGCAAUGAGGAAGGAUAUUACAAAGCAACUCAGUGUCAUGGAAGUACAGGGCAAUGCUGGUGUGUUGAUAAAUAUGGAAAUGAGAUUGCCGGCUCAAGAAAACAAGGCACCGUUAGUUGUGAAGAAGAGCAAGAAACCUCAGGGGAUUUUGGCAGUGGUGGAUCUGUUGUAUUACUGGAUGAUUUGGAACAGGACCGUGAAGCAGCGAAAAAGGACAAAGAAGGGAAAAUGAAGAUUCAUGUAAGAGCAGCUAAUGAGGAUGAUGAAGAUGAAGAUGAUGAUAAGGAUGAUGAAAUUGGUUAUAUAUGGUAGUUGUCACCGUUCUGAGGACUCAUGUUUUGCACAAUAUUGCAAGUCACUUCAUAUCUCUGCAAUUGUAUCUGAGAACAUCAGGCACAAAAUCUCUCUCCUCUCUGUUUAAUUUUGUACAGUAUAUAUAAUUUUCAAGAUGGCUUUUUUCCAACUAGCUACUGGUUUGAAUGCAGUGAAUUUUUUUUCUAUCAACAGGGCUCUGAGUUUUGUUAGUUUUGUUUAAGCAAAGUUUCAUAGCUUAAUCCCCACCCACGCAGCUUGUGAUAUAUAGCUUAUGGGAUUAAAAAAUAAGAGAGAAAAAACAAACCAGUGCAAGAAUUAGAAGCCUGUUUUAUGUUAUCAACAUUGGAGAAGUUUUGUCAUCAGCUGUUAACUGAAUUUUCUGACCAUGCUAUAAGUAAUCGCUUUUCUUUUAUGCAGUAGGUGCCUCAAUUUCUGUCCUGUGUCUGCCACUUGUCGCUAAAGAGCAAGUCAUCUGUGUAUAAUAACUUCUGGCUCGCUAAUAUUGAUGGUUUUAAGUCAGGAAGAAAUCCAUCAGUAUUUUUUCUCACUUGCUCUAAGAAUGAUUACUACCGGCUCAGUCCUGCCCUUAUUGAAGUCAAUGUUAAAACUCCCGUUGUCUGCAAAUGUGCAGGAUCAGAUCAUUGUCACCUAGUUUUCAUAGUAAACAAUAUGAUCUCGAUCCUGAGAGAUGCUGAGUAUCUACAGCUACCACCAAGUUUGAGCCUCAUAGCAGGGGAACAUGAUUUAACCACCUUCCCAAAUGUUGGAAUGUUUUGUAAAUCUAGAUCAUUGUAACCAUUUUCCAACUAGCAAAUCUUGGGUUUCUGUUUUAAUUAGUUUGGACUAAGAGUUUGCCCUAGUGUCAUGCAUGCUGCCUCUGUUUCUGGAAUAACACACUAAUGGAUCUGCUGGAAAUCCCUUGUUCUUCAUUUAGUCUAAGUAACUCCUCAUUCCAAAGCUAGGAAGCUGUCAAAGAUACUCACCAUCAAAAGUAAUAAGCUGUCUCUUCUUUAUUUUAAAUUGUGAAUAUUUAUUUAGUCUGUAUAAAAAACAACCUUAGAUAGUCAUGUUUCCAACUAACAUCCUUUCUGCUUAAUAUGAAAUAUCAUGCACUCCUAAUACACACCUAUAAAAUAGAAGAAUAGUAUUAAAAUUGAAUCCUAUGAUUCUUUAAGCCAUUCCUGUUUAUUCAUAUCUCCACAGUUGUAUGACAGCAUUCUGAAGCUAAAAUAUUUACUGCUCUUCCCUGUUGAAAGUCAUGGGUAAAAUGAAUGUACCAUAUCAUGUCUUUUAUCCCUUCUGUUAUUUUAUCCAGAUUAUCAGAAAACACGAUAACGAUGAGGAGCCAUGAGACAGAAUACAUUUGUAAGCAGUUCAUUUUUGUAUUUAACAGGACAAAAGUGACCCAUAAUAGAACUUUAAUUCCAAAAUCUUUUAGGGCCAAAUGCACCCUGAGGUGGCAGGCAUAAUUCUAUUUAAGUUAAUGGAGUUAUACUAGAAAUGAAUUUUGGCCAAUAGGCAUUUCAAAGAAGACCUUUAUAUUUCUGUUAAAGACGCUACUUCCUUGUGUGAAUUGACUUGCAUUUUCAAAAGCAGCUGUGCGGUGCAGUUUACCCCCAGACCGUUAAGUCAAUAUAAGGAGUACUUUGCCUGCUUAUCCAUCUUGCAUGUUCCAUGAUUCGUUUUUGGGGGUGAAUCAUGUCAUUACAAGGUAAAGUUUGCAAAAUGAAAUCUACCAAUAUAAAUGCCAAAUUCCAUUCCAUAAGCAGGAUAUUUCACCUGUUUCCUUUAGGUUUCAUGUCCUCAAGCCAGCAGUCUGAAUUCAUUGCUCUUGUGAAACAUGAGCCCAAGUCAGACAUCCUUCUCAGGGUGUACUUUACCCUUGGUGUUCGUAUUGUCUACUAUCUCGUGGGUCUUUAGUGACUGAGGGGGAAAACAUUGCUUUAAAUGUUUCCAAAUAAAGGCCUGAUCCUGCAAAUUCCUCAGCCCACAUAAGUAGGGAUUUGCAGGCUCCAACCCAAAGGUUUCAUACUAGAGAAUCCAUUGUAUGUAUGAUCUUAUUAUGCAAGCCCAACGAAUGGACUCCGUAUGCCUUGCAUUGUUUUCUGGACACCAUCACAGCACCUAUGUGCUCGUAGCUAAGACUUAAAACAUUUUAGCAACUUAACUUGAAUCUUUGGCUAGAAUUCAUGCGUGCACAAACACACACACACAGUUGAAAUACACACUAGCACCUGUAGUUGACAUUAUAAACAGCAAAAGCUGGUUUUAUUUUUAAAGUCUUGUUUCGAAACCUUUGCCUGCAAUUUGUUUUGAAGAAAGAAAAUUUUCUCAUUACAAACAGAACUUGUCUGAAGGGGAGAAAUAAUUUGUUUCUCCUUAUCUAGCCAGUGUGCAGGUGAUUUGAAAGUAAAAGGGAAGGCUUCAUUCACACAUGCAUCCAUGGAAUUCACUGGUACAAUAACGCAACAAAAUGGGAAAGUCCCUUGACAACAGGAAUUGUGAACAUCAAAUGAGCUUAUAUUUUACUGUUUCAAACACAAGUUGUUAUAGGGGCUUAGUUGUUUUCAGCUCUUUUAUUCUCUGUUUGUCUGGAGUCAUGACCUGAAAGUUAAUAAAGAGCAGGACUGCAUGACUGGUGUUAAUAGAAAAGGAAGCAGCAAGGGUAUCCACUGCGGUUUGGUUUGCUCUUUGUUUUUUUGCGGAAAAAUGGUUGGCAGCUAAGGCAAUUGGUGGCAAUCCUACAAUCCACUCUGAUUCACGGUGAUUGCUUUUUAGGGCAAGAUUGAGCCUUUAGAGUCAGCCCUAAGCAUUGAGCAGCACAUAGCCUCCAUAGCCCCGGAGCAGCCCCCAGAAAGCAUUGUGCCUUCGGAGGCACGGUUCCUCCAAAGUUCCCUGCAUGCACUGGGUGGGACGGGGAGUAUGCUGCAUAAAUCUCCCUCUUGCAUGCAGCCAGCUCCACUGACCGGUGCACGGUGGGGCAUGGAGCCAUGACUCUACCUGCUUCUUGCCCAUCUUCAACACUUCCCCAACCCCCCUCUGCUCACUUACUCCCAUGGGGGAGUCCCACUUGUGCAGCCUUGCCGUCUUGCCACUAGACCGAGAUCCAUAUAGGUCCUGUGAGGCUGCAUGGAGAAUGGAGUGAGGGGGCCUUUCUCCCUCUUACUCCUCUCUGGGUAUGUCUACACUGCACUCUAUGCACAGGGCAUGACUCAGGUUUGAGCCCAAGUGCUCCUUCUGUCCAUACAUCAAUGAGUCUGACUCAGGCCAGCAAACACUCAGGACUAGGUCCUAGGACCCUGCUAGGGACUGUGACUCAGUCCAACCCCUGUCAUUUUGCAGUGUGGAUGCAGCUCAAGCCACAGACAUGCAGUAUGGGUGCAUUAGCACAGCUAUGAGACCUGGAUCCAGCAAUUGUAAGCCCAGUUAUACAAUGCAGUAUGAAUGCUCAAGCAUGGGCUUGGAAAUACACAAGCCUGGUUCCCACAGAUUCAGGUUUACAGUGCAGUGUAGACAUAACUUUUGUGCCCAUGCAGGACGAGAGUACUGUUUAACCCUAAGCAGACAUGGCCUCCAGAUGCUCUCUCAGGCCACAGGAGAAUCCCGCAAUGAAUUUCUCAUUAUGCUAAAAUUGGCGGGGGGCAUUGUUUUAGGGGGUUGUGUAUGUGCAAAGAAAAAAAUGCAGCUACUGUUUUGCAUGAUCCAGAUGGUUAUGUCCUGUCUGUGAUGCUGGUGAGUCAACUUCUUUAUUUGACUUCUGAUGUUUAUAGAUUGCUACCAAAUGAGCAUAAGAGAGACAGAGAUGAGAAGCCCAUUCUGCUCUGCUGUAUAAUGAGUGACGAGAACAGCAACAAAAGGGGCCUGGCCCUGACCUCAUUUACACUGGUGUGAAUCAGCAGCAAGGCCAUUGAUUUUACUGGGGUUAAAUGGUAUAAAACCGCUGUGAAAUCAACAGCAUCCCCAGUGUGUUCCAGACCAAACUAGUGAUUUGGAACAGCCUCAGGAAGCUGGGCUUUGACUCCUUUUAGUUUGUUUCCAUCUCUUGAAAAUCACUUUUUAUAAAUUACAGACCUCGAAAAGAAUUCUUCUCUUUUCUCCUUACCUUUGACAAAAAAGAUAGCGAUUUGCAAAAGGAACAAACACAUCUUGUAGUUUGACAUCAUUAUUACUUGAGCACCGUCAAUAUCUUGCAUCUCGCACAUCAGAUCUGGCUUCAUUCAGAGCUUGAUUUUAAUCAGAUGAAGUCUCUGGUUUUGCCCACUGCCUUUCCCAAGCCCACGGCCUUGCCAUUUCACAGACUCCAGGCCGCACCAUCAAAGCAGAAGGGGCACCCCAUCGUGCCAUGAAAUCCAGGGGGUCUCCACAAUCAUUAAGAACUAUAUCACGAAAGCUGACACGAUACCAACAUUCUGCUAGUGCUAAACUCAUCGCAGGGCAGCUGGCUCCUACACGGUGCUAUGCACCACAUAAAGCUUUGAGAGUCAAAUCUUCUGCUCCCUUACAGCCUGUAUAAUCAGGUACUAUUCAGAAGAAACGCAGGUGGGUAGGGAAGAUGUGAGUAGUGGCUGCAGCCUCUCUGUUCCAUUUGCACAGGGCGUCAGGUUACUGCAUCCACAUACAUACAGAUCCUGUAGGAUCCUCUUUCAUUCCCUGCAUUUUUUAAAUAUUUCCUUAAAUAAAUCCCGUCAGUCUUACAGCUUAAUUGACAGGCACUCUGGCCACUCCAAUGCCAACAGGUCUUCAUCCUCAUUCUCUCUAGCGCUAGGGCCUCAUCCUGUAGCCUCUUCUCACCUGACUCUUCCAGGUGAGACUGGCUGCAUUUAUUUUCAGCAAAUAUGAAGUAAUUAACAUUAAAGUGAAUGCAUUACAGUCCAAGACCUGUGCUCAGAUGCACCUGUACAAGUCCCAUCAGAGUCAAUGGGGUGUUGUGUGUACAUCUGAAGGCAGAAUGUGACCUUGAACAACUUCUGCUGUAGCUCCCUGGGUGACACUCAACUUGGUCUGGAGGGCUUGUGCAAAGCUCUUUGCCUCCGUUCAGCUCACAGGCCCUGGUUCAGGAAGGCAUCCCUCUACAGGAAAUCACCUUAACUGCGUGCUUAACUUUAAACAUAUGCUUACGUGCUUUCCUGAAUGAAGGUCAUAAUUUGAGAAGACUAACACCAUUAUCUAGUUUAGUAGAGUAGAAAUACAAUGUAUCAUGUAAAAAGCUAUACAGAGUGUAUGAAAAAAUAAUGCCCCAUAUUUUGGUAAGAACUGUGUAAGACGGAGCUGCAUGCUUUGAGAAGAGCAGUUGAGAAUAUGUCUGGAUCUAGGGACAGAUCCCCAGCUGAUGUAAAGCUCCACUGAAGUCAAUGGAGCGACAACAGUUUCCACCCCCUUCCACCUGGCAAAUCAGCUUGCUCAGCAGAAUAAUAUAAUUUUGCCAAUCACCGUUUCCCACUGAGUACAGAAACUCCUGAUUUUUAACUUUUUGUUGUCUUAUUACUGCUGUUGUCAGAUUAAGACAGCAGGUAAAGCACAUGCCAUUAACGGUGGAAUGACAAACCAGAGUUCUUUCUAUUGAUUUUUUCCGGCCAAUUGUAGAAGAUGCUUUAAGAAGAUCUCCCAGUUUAUUGAAGUAGUAAAGCAAUGAGGCAUUCAGUGCAUUGUAUCCAGAGCCAGUGGCCAUUGCAAACUGCAACAGAAUUAAACAGCCUGCAUGACAAUCAGGAGGUUUGUAGGGAGCAUUUCACUUGCUUCUGGCUUGAUUUAAUUCCCAUUUUCAUUACAAAGUCAAAUAUUCCACUUGCCUCAAAUUGUUGACCUUCCAAAUGUUUUCUCAUUGUGAAAGAUGGAAACAGAGGAGCUCCAUUGUUUAAAGAUGGAGACUAAUUUUAUCACAUUUCCUGUGAAGGAUUAUGACACAUCGUGAAGUGUUAUUUUAUGUUUUCAAGUGUCCUUUUCACUAGUAUUGUUAACUCAAAAUAUCCCUUGAGUUCAGUUUCCGACAUAAUUUUUGUUGUUGGCAUCUUCAUGAACACGAUGAGUACAUCAAAAUAUUUUGGCUAUUGUUUUAACCCAUUUUCUGUGUUUAUUUAAUAUUUAUUCUACAGUUUAUAUUUCCGAUGUAAAGUUUAUUUUGAAAACAACACAAUUUGUUAGUGAAAGCUUCUCUUUGCCUAUCCAGCCUACUCUAGAGUCUCGGUGUACUUUCCUGGCAUAGGAAUAUUUUAAUAUUUGCAUGUUUUUUGCAGCAUUUUUCACCCCAGGCAGCAAAUGACAUAAGAUCUAAGGUUGUCAUUUGCUACAGACCACGAGAUCUUUCAUGCUUAGCUUCUUACACUUUUUGGCUUUCAUUGCAGUCUGUUCUGUAUGUCGUUCUAGUUCAUAGACUGCUUUGUACAGGUACUAUACAUGAAAGAGCCCUUUCUACAGUAGGUGGGUUUUGGUCUUUUUAUACUUUUCUCAAUGCUGCUGAUAUCCGUUACUGUUAAAUGUGGUGUGUUGUAAGGAGAGAUCCAAAUAUUACGUGUUUAAGUUUGAUGUCCCUACUGUAGAUGGAAUGUAGGCUGUCAUAGUAAAUUAGAUUAGCAUAAUAAAUUCUGAAUGCUUUUUCCAUGAGGCGUUAACUGGAAUGUGAACAUUUUGCUAACCUCCUUGGUUAACUGUAAAUGCUUAACUGUAGUCCUAAAUAGUUAAAUUUUUGUCUGUCUCAAUAAAUUUUAAUUUGUCUGCGA